AUGGCCUACCUGCUCCAUGCUCAACUAUUUCUACUGACUACCUUUAUAUUAGUUUUGAACAUGAGACUUUGUCCUGUUCUAGGUUACUUUGUGGGUGGCAUAGAGAAGUCUAGCAUGGAGGAGGAAGGAGCCUCAGAAGCAUUGAACUAUGCUGUCAACGAGUAUAAUGAAAAGAACAGUGACUUGUACCUGAGCCGUGUGGUGGAAGUGAAGGAUGUCCAAAAGCAGGUGGUGGCUGGAACCAAAUUUUUCUUUGAUGUGAUUCUAGGCAAAACAAUAUGUUUGAAGACACAGGGUGACUUGACCAACUGUCCCUUAAAUGAAGAGGCUGAUCAGCAGGAGCGUGAAUUCUGCUCUUUUGUGGUUCAUGAUAUCCCAUGGGAGAAUUAUAUUGUCUUGCUGAGCUCCAGCUGUCACAGUAUAUGA